AUGUGCGUCACAAGCUCGGGUCGGCCACUCGGCCGGCCUCCAAUACACGCAAACCACCGGGCCCAAGCUGGCGAUGAUCCCCUCUACGAUAGCGUGGCCCGAAGGAACCGUGCUUCGUCCCUUCACGGUCUCCGAGUCGGUGUUCCCAUGGGUACCGGCUCCUUGUCGGCACAGCCCGACAGCCAAACAAGCGACAACGGGCCUGCCCAGUACUCUCCUGCCAGCAACAGGACGUCGAGUCGCUCCGAUGGCGCAUCAGCAUUCUGGCUGCACCCCCCGAAUUUCUCGUCUGCCUUGUCCACCACCGAAACCCACACCAUCCCCUCGCCAGGCACCCAAUCACAUGCAUUCAGCUACUCCCUCAGCGGCGUCACUGAUAUCGACAUGGGCGAUCUUAACUACAUGGCAGGACAUCUGAACAGGGGUCUUGACGAGCCAAUCGGCCACCUGGGUGACGACAAGGACAUGGACUCGGGCUCUGGCCAAAGCGGGAUUGACACGCCAAGCACUUCCCACGCCGGCGGGGAAGGGUCUGCCCCCACCAUCGACACACUCGGGAGCAUAUGCCGCCAGCUGGCCGGGCUGAAGGACCAGUCCUGGGAGUCCUGGAGUCCACACCUGAACCAGGGCCUAGACCUAUCCAUGGCCGAGAGCCAAGAUGGUGUCAACGGCUGGAACCGCGUCUUGAAUCUCACCAUGCGGUACGCGACCGUUCUCCAGAUUGUGGCGCCGGGCCCCUCCUGCUCAGGUACUUCGCCGCAUCCACCAGCACCAGCAGCACUUUCUUUGACUCUGAUGCUGUUGUCGACGCACAUUCAGCUCACUGAGCUCCUCGAGAUUGUGUUUGCUCGCCUGAGGGACUGUCUUCACGAAGCACCGGCGGCUGUAUCAUCUGCUUCCAGUUCAGGUUCGGCGGCAGAAACCCCUGCCUACAUGGCGCAGACGCGCAACAUUCAGAUUGUCAUGAUGGCCCAGGUCUUUGAGACGCAAAUGCAGACUGUCGAACGUCUCAUGGGUCUGCCUUCUCAGUAUAGGAUAUGGGGUCAUGAUCGAGACAACGAUGCUGCAGGUGGUGCGGUUGGCAUCUUGGGACGGGAAAACAUGUCGGAGCUGGUAAGAGCGGUCAUGAACCAGGCGCUGGAUACUAUUCAAUCUAUUAGACAGACAAGCGAUGCCAUUAAGCGUUGUGGGAGAUAG